AUGGUAUGGCCGCAACUUGUUUGCGAAAGCCUAGCUUACCACUAUCAUCGGGCAGAGUCAUCGGAUGAAGAAGCUGUAGUAGAUCGUGACCUCCUGCUUGUGCCAGAAUCAUCAUCUGGUGAAGGCGUACUAGCCCGUGUCCUUCUGCUUGUAACGGAGUCUUCGUCUGCUGCUGUUGUGGAAGGUCUUGUUCUUCUGCUUGCGACGGAGACUUCGUCUGGUGCGGUUGUGGAAGGUCUUGUUCUUCUGCUCGUGACAGAAUCUUCAUCGGAUGAAGCUGUCGUGGGCCUUGUUCUCCUACUUGUAACAGAGUCAUCAGCAGCUGAGGCUGUAGUUGAUCUUGACCUCCUGCUCGUGCCAGAAUCAUCAGCUGGUGCAGGUGUACUGGCCCGUGUCCUUCUGCUUGUCACAGAAUCUUCGUCUGCUGCUGUUGUGGAAGGUCUUAUCCUUCUGCUUGUGACAGAAUCUUCAUCGGAUGAAGACGUUGUGGGUCUCGUUCUCCUACUUGUAACAGAGUCAUCAGCUGAGGCCGUAGUAGGUCGAGAGCUUCUGCUUGUGCUGGAGUCAUCAUCUGGUGCACGUGUACUGAUCCGUGUCCUUCUGCUUAUGAUGGAGUCUUCGUCUGGUGCUGUUGUGGAAGGUCUUGUCCUUCUGCUUGUGACGGAAUCUUCUUCUGCUGCUGUUGUGGAAGGUCUUGUCCUUCUGCUUGUGACGGAAUCUUCGUCUGCUGCUGUUGUGGGAGGUCUGGUCCUUCUGCUCGUGACGGAAUCUUCAUCGGAUGAAGCUGUCGUGGGUCGUGUUCUCCUACUUGUAACAGAGUCAUCAGCAGUUGAGACUGUAGUGAAUCGUGACCUCCUGGUUGUGCCAGAGUCAUCAUCUGGUGCAGGUGUACUGGCCCGUGUCCUUUUGCUUGUGGUAAAGUCUUCGUCUGCGGCUGUUGUGGAAGGUCUUGUCCUUCUGCUUGUAACGAAAUCUUCAUCAGGUGAAGUUGUUGUGGGUCUGGUCCUCCUACUUGUAACAGAGUCGUCAGCGGAGGACGUUGUAGGAGUUCGUGACCUCCUGGUUGUGCCAGAAUCAUCAUCUGGUGCAGGUGUACUGGCCCGUGUCCUUCUGCUUGUCACAGAAUCUUCGUCUGGUGCUGCUGUAGAAGGUCUUGUUCUUCUGCUCGUGACAGAGUCUGCAUCGGAUGAAGUUGUUGUGGGUCUCGUUCUCCUACUUGUAACGGAGUCAUCAGCAGCUGAGGCUGUAGUAGAUCUUGACCUCCUGCCUGUGCCAGAAUCAUCAUCUGGUGAAGGUGUACUAGACCGUGUCCUCCUGCUUGUGACGGAUUCUUCGUCUGCAGCUGUUGUGGAAGGUCUUGUCCUUCUGCUUGUGACGGAGUCUUCGUCUGAUGCUUUGGUGGUGGGUCUUGUCCUUCUGCUUGUGACAGAAUCUUCAUCGGGCGAAGUUGUUGUGGGUCUCGUUCUCCUACUUGUGACAGAGUCAUCGGCUGAAGAAGUUGUAGAGGAUCGUGACCUCCUGCUUGUGCUAGAGUCACCAUCUGGUGCAGGUGUACUAGACCGUGUCCUUCUGCUUGUGACGGAAUCUUCGUCUGCUGCUGUUGUGGAAGGUCUUGUCCUUCUGCUUGUGACAGAAUCUUCGUCAGGUGAUGUUGUUGUGGGUCUUGUUCUCCUGCUUGUAACAGAGUCAUCGGCUGAGGAAGUUGUAGUAGAUCGUGACCUCCUGCUCGUGCUGGAGUCACCAUCUGGUGCAGGUGUAGUAGACCGUGUCCUUCUGCUUGUGACGGAAUCUUCGUCUGCUGCUGUUGUGGAAGGUCUUGUCCUUCUGCUUGUGACAGAAUCUUCAUCGGGUGAGGUUGUUGUGGGUCUUGUUCUCCUGCUUGUAACAGAGUCAUCAGCUGAGGAAGUUGUAGUAGAUCGUGAACUCCGGCUUGUGCUAGAGUCACUGUCUGGUGCAGGCGUAGUAGUGCGUGUCCUUCUGCUUGAGACGGAAUCUUCAUCGGCUGAAGUUGUUGUGGGUCUUGUUCUCCUACUUGUAACAGAGUCAUCAGCAGCUGAGGUCGUAGUAGAUCGUGAUCUUCUGCUUGAGGUAGAGCUGUCAUCCGCAGCUGUUGUGGUCGUUCUUGCCCCUCGGCUUGUUCUUGACCCAUCACUAGACGAUUCUGUGGUAGUGCGCUCCCUUCUGCUUGUUGAGUUUCCUGGUGAAGCCCUCGUAGGUCGUGCCCUGCUGCUGGUUGCAUCAUCACCGUCAGGCGGCGACGUUGUACUUCGUGUCCUGCUUGUGGCACUGCUCUGUUCCCGCGAACCCGAGGAAGACUGUGAGCGUCCUCUUGCCCCCGAUUCUGCUCCUGCAGAUCCGGAGCUGCGGCCUCGCUCCUUCGCUGUGUUAGAAGCACUGCUGGAGUCAGCAUCAGACCGCCUCUCCCUAUGCGCUGUAGAUGAAGCAUCCCCCGACUUAGGGGAAGGCUUUUCACCGCGCUUCGUGGUGGAUCCUUUUGACUGA